ACUAACAGAAUUUCUAGGGAGUUGAUGAAGCGGAGCCUUGGAGCAACGGUAAAGUUAUUUUUGUAUGACUUAGUAGUUACGGGUUAGAGCAUUAGAAUCAGCCAUUAAUGCUUCCAUUAGUGUAGGUUACCUACAUCACAACUCCUUGGGGUGUAGCCCUUUCCCCAACCCUGUGUGAAUGCGAGGUGCUUUAUGCACUGAGCUGGCCUUUUUCUAGGGAUUUUAUGAAGGGAUGCCUUGGAGCAACAGUAAAAUUAUCUCUGUGUAACCUAUAGGUCACAGGUUCGAGCCGUAGGCUUAGCCGCUAAUACUUGCAUUAGGGUAGGCUGCCUACAUUACACCCCUUGGGGUGCAGCCGUUUCCAGGAUCCUGCGUGAACGCGAGAUGCUUCGUGCACUGAGCUGUCUUUUUUUCGGGACUUUACAUAUUUUCUUUUUCUUCUUUUUUAGUCAAAUCUAUAUUCAAGCUUAUAGUAGAUCCUGGAAUGUUUGAAUAUUUGUGAUAAAUGAUUUGCUUGAGUGCAUUACCUAUAAGGAAGUUGAAACCUUAUGUUUAGUUGCAAACUUGAAAUCCAAUUGUCUUCUUUGUUUUCCUUUUCUUUUUAUUUUCCUGAUCAUCUAUUUGUCCUUUUUAUUUAGCUUUAAUGUGGUUCAGAAUAAAUGUUUAAGAUAGAAUUACAAUAUAGUUCAUCCUUUUGAAUUAUUAUUACUAGAAGGAUAAACUUGUGAUCCUGUAAUUAUGUGACACAAUUUGGGAAAAUGUGUGAUAAUAAGAAAAGAUUUAAAAAAAUUAAAAAGAAAUAGGUAAAUGAAAACAAGAUGAAUUGAAGUAUAAGAUUUUUUUUUCACCAAUAAAAACAAACUAUCCAUACAAAACUCUGAAAAGCAGCAAAACCAUCAAUCCUUGAUUUAAUCCUUAACUAUAUUCACAUCAUUUAGCCGUACUACUACCUUUUGGAUAAAAGUUGAUUUUCCUACUGUAAUUUUCUUCUUAAUAAACUUGCGAAAGAAUUAUAGAUUAUAAUGUCAAAAAAAGACAUAAAAGCAAUUGAAGAAGGAAAUUGCUCAGGUUAUAAACAACAUGCUAAUGAAGAAGAUUCAAGCCUCUGCACCUCACCUGAGGUUGUCAUUAUCAUUCAAAAGGUGAUAGCAGAGGCGAUCGGCACGUAUUUUUUGAUAUUUGUAGGAUGUGGUGCAGUAGCAGUAAAUAAAACAUAUGGUUCAGUAACAUUUCCAGGAAUAUGUGUGGCAUGGGGUUUAAUUGUUAUGGUUAUGGUCUAUUCUGUUGGUCAUAUUUCCGGUGCACAUUUCAAUCCUGCAGUUACCAUUGCCUUUGCCAUCUUUAGGCAUUUCCCCUUCAAACAGGUGCCAUUAUACAUAUUGGCACAAUUGGUUGGGGCAAUUCUUGGAAGUGGAACAUUGUACCUUCUGCUGGAUUUAAAGUCUGAGGCAUUUUUUGGAACAACUCCAGUGGGAUCAAAUGUUCAAUCUUUGGUUCUUGAAUUCAUCAUCUCUUACCUCUUGAUGUUUGUCAUUUCUGGUGUUGCCACUGACAAUAGAUCAAUUGGAGAGCUUGCAGGAAUUGCUAUUGGAAUGACAAUACUCCUAAAUGUUCUGGUUGCAGGGCCAGUAUCAGGAGCAUCAAUGAACCCAGCAAGGAGUAUUGGGCCAGCAAUUGUGAUGCAUGAGUACAGAGGGCUCUGGGUUUACAUAGUUGGCCCUAUAUUGGGUACUAUAGUUGGUGCUUUCACUUAUAACCUAAUUAGGUUUACAGAAAAACCACUCAAAGAACUCACAAAAACUUCAACAUUUCUCAAGAGCAUGUCCAGAAGCCAUGCUUAAUUUUCAUUUUUCUUAAUUAUUCUUCUUUUUUUUUCCUUUGAGCCCUGUGAUUUAACAUAACAUAGAGCCACUAGUGGCUUGUUAAGAGAAAUUUAUUAGUAAAAGUAAAUAGAAUUACAGAAAAGUGAAGUAGUAACAAGUUUUCUAAGUCUUACCUUAUCUUUAUGUAGUAGUUUUUUUUUUCUUUUAAAUUCUUUUAUGGGGUGUAGGAAACCUGUAGUUUUAAAUAUACAAGGUGUUGUGUAUCUCAUUAAUUAUUGGUGUUGUGUUCUUUUUAA